AUUGCAGCCAUUUCUUGCCUGUCAGCGCAGCCCAGCACAGCUUCUAAUUCCUUUAUCUAGCUGCGCCGUUGAAUUUUUGCUCUUCUCUUUCUCUCGCAACUUUUAUUUUUAAGAAGCGCCUGGUUGCGCCCCUUGAAUUUAGUCAUGGAUGAGGACUACUCGACUGGCUCCGCGGAUGCCGACCGCGAGAUGACCAGACUUUGGCGUACAUGGAGGACAGUUUUCGAGAUGCUGCAGGACCGGGGUUACGAAGUCACCGAAGAAGAAGUUCAAAUCCCUCUCCACGAGUUCAAAUCCAAAUAUUCCGACCCUCUAGGAUAUCCUGAUCGCAACAAGAUGAAAGUCAGCGCUCGUCCCACCGAAGCGAUGCAAGCCAAAUACACACCGCUACCUAGCAAAUCGAACCCCGACCCUCAACCCGACUGCGGAACUGUCUACGUUGAAUUUUGCCCCGACGCCUCUGGUGUGGGUACCAAGCAGGUCCGCGCAUUCAACCACUUUGUCGACGAAAACAAUUUCCACACUGGAGUUUUCAUCACUCAGACCCCGAUCUCCCCCUCCGCCGUGCGCCUGCUGAGCGGUAUCCCCGGCCGUAUUUGCGAACACUUCCAGGAGCAAGAUUUGCUCGUUAACAUUACGCGCCACGAACUCGUUCCGAAGCACGUUUUGCUGAGCCCCGAGGAGAAGGCCAAAUUGCUGGAACGGUACCGUUUGAAGGAAUCGCAGUUGCCGCGUAUGCAGGUUUCGGACCCUGUGGCGCGAUACCUCGGUUUGCGACGGGGUCAAGUCGUCAAGAUUAUUCGGAAGAGUGAAACGGCAGGACGGUACGCUAGUUACCGCUGGGUCAUUUAAGCUAUGGGCUGCUCGACAUGGACUUUGGACAUUGUUAGUAUGGACCUUUUCCUGCAACAAACGUCAAGAUUGGCAAACGGCAAAUUCUGCCCUACGAUGCCAGAUGGAACGUCACCUCCGCACUGCAUCCCCAUUGCUGCUAGGGCAGAAAUCAGCGUCGAGAGGAACAAAAGGCCAGAGAAACAGGGAACAGGAGGAAAAUUCAAGAAAAAAGCUAUACUUUUGUACGUAUUAUGGGGAGCACGGCGUACGGGCGAAACAGAAACAUUCAUGGUUGGGAUGCUCUGUCAUUUUUUAUAUCACAUGUCAUGUUCUUAAUCAUUUGCUGUAAAUUCCUGACAAAAUUUCACUUAUUAUCUCGUCUAACA